ACUUCAAUGGUGAGAUGGUGUUAAGGAAGGUUGUCCCAGAUAGUGACAACUGUUUGGUCAGAGAAAGCUCCAUCACUUGUGUCAAUGUUUGAUGCUGCAAAAUUAAGAAAGCUAAGACCAAGUUUCAAGCAGAAUGAGGGCUCUGUUACUGCUGACAAUGCUUCUAUCAUAAGUGAUGGUGCAGCUGCAUUAGUCCUAGUGAGUGGAGAGAAGGAACUUCAACUUGGAUUGCAAGUAAUUGCAAAGAUUAAGGGCUAUGCUGAUGCAGCUCAGGCACCUGAAUUCUUUACAACUGCUCCAGCCCUUGUGAUACCAAAAGCUAUUUCAAAUGCUGGUUUAGAUGCUUCUCAGAUUGAUUACUAUGAAAUAAAUGAAGCGUUUUCUGUUGUAGCUCUAGCCAAUCAAAAGCUGCUUGGUCUUAAUCCUGAAAGCCUUAACGUACAUGGUGGGGCUGUAUCAUUGGGACACCCAUUAGGAUGCAGUGGAGCUCGUAUCUUGCUCACAUUAUUAGGGGUAUUGAGACAUAAAAAGGGAAAAUUCUUGUGCAUUAUUACAUUUGAUUCUUCUUACUGUGUUACUGUUAUUCUUGUUGUUCAUGAGGAAUUUGGUAUUCUUGAAGGUUUAAUGACAACUGUUCAUGCAGCUACAGCAACACAGAAGACUGUUGAUGGCACAUCAAUGAAGGAUUGGAGAGGAGGCCGUGGAGCUAGACAAAAUAUCAUUCCUAGUUCUACUGGUGCUGCAAAGUUUAGAGAUAAUGUAAGGAAAUACUGCUCCUUCUGUUGA